AUGUCGACCGACGCUGUCAGCGCUCCUGUCCCGGAGCCUGCAACUGUGCCGGCGCAAUCGACCACGACUGCCGACCACGACCAGGAGGAACCUGCACUUGGUCAGAUAGAAUGUGCGAAGCCCGCCUUCCUCCACUCCCCUCCUGACAGCAACAACGCGCACAAGUCGGAAGCUAGCGAUUCUGAGCUCAGCGACCUCGAUGAGGAUGACGUUGAUCCUUCUGCGAACGCGACCGCGAAACAAGAUGAGCCGCCUGUCGAGGACGACAUUGGCGAGGUCCUUCCCGACCACUGGUCUGGGACCGUCCCUAUCUUCAAGCCGACGAUGCACCAAUUCAAAGACUUCAAGUUAUUCAUGACCAAGGUCGAUAAAUUCGGAAUGAAAUCCGGCAUCGUUAAGAUUAUCCCUCCAUCGGAGUGGAAGGAAUCCCUUCCGAGACUGGACGACCUCGUAAAACAGAUCAGGGUCAGGGAACCAAUCAAGCAAGACAUCAUGGGAUCAAAUGGAACCUACCGACAAGUCAACAUCCUUCAUCAACGAUCCUACAACCUCCCGCAGUGGCGACAACUCUGCGAUCAGAGCGAGCAUCAGCCCCCCGCAAGGCGAGGCGAGCGCCGAGCGAACGUCGAAAAGCCGAAGCCUCGAUCCGCCCCUAGACCUCGCGCAGAGGCGAAAUCGACUGCGUCUGGUUCUAAGAAGAAGGGCCGAGGACGCCCGCGCCGCGGCAAAGCCAAAGCCAAGGGUCAGGACGAGGACGAGGAGGAUGACGCUCAAGACGACGAGAAGCGCCCGAUGACCCCAGUAUCACCCAACCCGGACGCCGAUGUCGAGGUUAAAAAGGAGGAAGUUGUCGAUUCAGUGGAGGAUCCGGGAAUGGAUGUGGACGAAGACGAGGAGCCGCGCAGUUUGGGCAGAAUGGGCCGCAUGGGUGGCGCAAGGCCCGCGAAGCCAAAGACUCAGACUGUCUCGGCUCGUCGGAAGUAUAGUAAGAGAGAAGGCUCAGCCAUGAUUGAUGAAAAGGCAUUCGAGGAUUUCGACUAUCAGAUGGACGUGUCUGACUACACCCCGGAGCGCUGCGAGGAGCUCGAGAGGAUAUACUGGAAGACCCUUACCUACGCCCCGCCGCUGUAUGGGGCUGAUCUCAUGGGCACCCUCUUUCACGAGUCAACGGAACUCUGGAACUUGAACAAGCUUCCCAACUUGUUGGAUGUUCUCGGCACAAAGGUCCCCGGUGUCAACACGGCCUACCUCUACUUGGGCAUGUGGAAGGCCACGUUCGCUUGGCAUUUAGAGGACGUCGACCUCUACAGCAUCAACUACCUCCACUUCGGUGCCCCGAAACAGUGGUAUAGCAUCUCUCAAGCCGAUGCCCGUCGAUUUGAAGCUGCCAUGAAGAACAUUUGGCCUACCGAUGCCAAGGCUUGCGACCAGUUCCUCCGUCACAAGGGUUUCUUGAUUUCCCCGUCGCACCUGAAGCAGCACUACAACAUCACGGUCAACAAGUGCGUCUCGUACCCAGGCGAAUUCGUCGUCACGUAUCCUUACGGCUACCAUUCGGGCUAUAACCUGGGUUAUAACUGCGCCGAGGCCGUCAACUUCGCGCUUGAUUCGUGGCUACCUAUGGGUAAGAUCGCGAAGCGUUGCGAAUGUGCACAAGCACAGGACAGUGUUUGGGUCGAUGUGUACGAUAUUGAACGGAAGCUCCGCGGCGAGCCCACUCCCGAGUACGAGGAGACCGAAGACGAAGACGACGACGAAGAUGAGGAUGAUGACGAGGACGAUGCUACCGGCCUUCCGUCACCGCCUGAUAGCAACGGUGUUGUCAAGCCGGCUCGGAAGCGGAAGCGCGCAGCUGGAGACAAGGACGGCAAGACAAAGGUCAAGAAAAUCCGCCUCAAGAUCAAAACGCGCGCCGAGCCAAUUUGCUGCCUGUGUCCCAGCGACAUUCCUGGCGCGGGAAUUCUGCCGACGGACGAUGGUCGGAAGGCCCAUCGCAUGUGCGCACUCUACCUUCCCGAGACGUACAUCGACACGAUCGACGACAAGGAGAUUAUUGCCAACAUUGCCAACAUCAACAAGGAACGCCUGGACCUCAAGUGUCUGUACUGUCGGUCCAAAAAGGGCGCCUGCUUCCAGUGCUCCCAGAAGAAGUGUGCCCGAGCCUACCAUGCGACUUGCGCGGCGGCGGCAGGUGUCUUUGUCGAAGAAGCCGAAGUUCCGGUCUUUGGCGAGGACGGAACCGAGUACAAGGAACAAGCAUUUGAAUUCAGCUGUCGCUUCCACCGCACCAAGCGUGACAGGAAGUAUGACGGAGAUGCCCUGGAAGAUGACACCCGUAUCCGCGAGGCGGCCGCAGCGCUCAAUAAGGGCGAGAUCUGUCAGCUGCAGUACUUCAAGGGCGACAUUUUUGCCGGAGUAGUCGUAGAGAACCGCUCGGAAGAGCAGACGCUGCUUCUCGACAUCAUCCCCAACGGCGAUCGUCUCGAGGUUGAGUGGAAAUGGCUGUUGCUGCCUGAUCCAUCCGACUACCACCUCCCGAAGGCAUCGGCGAGGGCUAUCUCGAUGCCGCCUUCGCAGAAAGCCAAGGACCAGCUCAAUGCGAAGCGUCCUGCUGACGAGACACCCCGGAAGGACGCUCCAUUUGUUGAAGGUUUCACAUGGGCAGAAUUCCACCCAUGUAACGAGUGUGUCAACCCGAAUCAAGCCAAGGUUAAUUUGUCGAAAGACAACCAACUCUGGCACUACCUGGGUAAGACAUCGACAGAGGCGAAGGCACAGUACUCCGAGGAACCUAGCAAAGAGUUGCACAACCCAAAGAGUAACUUCCUCGACACUAUUCCCAAGCCCCCCAAGCCCGUGUCUGCAAGCACGGCACACCGCAGGGUGUCAAAUCACUCGCCUCAGCAGUCACCCAUGUUUGUGCCGGGCCCGACCGCUCAGAUUGGGCCGAAGUCAGAGAAACCAUACGUGUACAAGCCCAGAAAGCCGGUUGAAACCAAUUAUGCUGGCACGGGAUCCUUCACUAUACAAAGAUUUGCGCCCACGGCCUCACCAUCUCCAAGCCCGAUGGGUCAGCAGCUGCAUUUCGGUUCGGAUCCGCGACAUCCAACGACAGGAGCCCAAUUUGCCCAGCAAAGGUCUACGCCCGAUUCUCAUCAGCAACGCGCCCCUCGUAUCAGUCCUGCCGGGCAAGGCUACUACCAGAGUCCGAACACGGUACAGCGGGCCAGUCCGUACAGCACACCGGGCUCGCAAUCGGCGGGCGGCGGGCGGCCAGCGCAGCAAACGUGGGCGACGCCGUCGCAGAACCCCAAGCCGCUACUACCACAUGGCAAUUCCUAUGGCUCAAGCCAGCAAACCCACCGCAGAUACUCGGUUGCACACACGCCUUCCGUUGCUAUGAAGUAUGCAUUCUUCCAAGUACACCACAACAGAGACUCGAAGACGUACCGAACCCCAUACGCGCCGUGGGGAGGCUUUACCAACGGGUAUGAAGGAAAUCUGAGAGCUCACCUUAUGCGGACGUCUCCAGAAGUGUUCUUCAAGAACCGACAAGGCUCUGCCCAGGGCGGCACUGCGACGUCGACCCUGCCUGCUGGUCCACAAGCACCGGCCUAUGGUGGUCCGUACUACAAUACACUGACAAACACAACAUCGCAAGGCUCUAUCGGCAUGUACGGUGUAAAGACAACGACUCCUUCGCACUCGUCGCCUGCACAACAGGCGCCGCAGGACAGCGCAGGGCGACAAUAUCCUGCAUCAAUGUCCCCAUCUCCCGCAGCGAACGGCCCACAGCUCAUGCCUAAUGACCAUGGAAAUGGCUGGCAUAUGCAGCAGCCGCAGUCGACGCCGCUGCAUCCAGCAAUUCGGCCACAGUACGGGGCUUGGCCAAACCAACCAAACCAGCCGCAACAGCCUGUGCAGUCUCCGUCCCAAGCGGCGCAGCAACAGCAGACGACGCAACAACCCGUUGCUAGUCAGUCUCAGCAGAGCCAGGCGAAAACUCAGCCCGUAGCAAAGCCUGCUGCGCCGAAGGUUCAGUAUAAGAUCCCCGAGAAGCAAACGCCGGUUCCCUUGCCAGCCAAAUACCUUGCGGCCAUGGGCAAGCUGCCCUCGACAACUACAACUCCCCGGACCAGCUCACAGUCUGGGGCGAAGUCGCAGGGUACUGCCAGUCCAUCCUCAGCCUCUAAUUCGGCCGACGUCACAAAUAGAAUCGCCCCGGCUAUCAACGCCCAUGCUUCGCGGACUGAAAGUAGCGCUCUUCCGCAAUCGCCGGCAAAUUCGAAUGGUCCUAGGGCGCAGGCGGCGCCUCGGGCCUCUCAGACCCCCGUGCCGGUGCCGCAUGCCCCGGCGCCGGCUUCUAACUCUCGGAUGCCGUUCACGAAUCAGUCUUCGACUGUGGCGUUUCCUCGACAGUCUUUCCAGCCUAUUCAACCCACUCCGCAUCGCACCCAAGUCUGCACAGCACCUUCGUCUCAGCACCUCUCGCAACCGAUGAACCAACCCCGGGCUGAGCAUCACACUCUGAACCCAGCAGAGAUUCUCGCACAGAUUGCUACGCAGCCACGAAUGAACCCGCCUACGCCUACGACCCCGUCGCACCAGUCUAUGCCGACACCAGUAUCGCAGGCCGCAGCUGUGCCACCCUAUCAGCACCACGGUUCGAGUUGGGGGGUUAUGCAGCAGGGGCAGCAGUCACAGGGUUACGCGUCUACGCCAGGACAAUAUUCGCAAUCGGCAACGCACCAUCACCAUCAACCACAGCAUCAACUCCAUCAUCCGUACCAGGGCCAGGUUCAGCACCAGCACCAGCACCAGCACCAGCACCAGCACCAGUAUCAACCGCCGCAGCACCAGCAUCAGACUCAACCGGGGCCCAUGCAGAGCGGAACGCCGCACUGCCCACCUCCGCAAGUCGCUGGAGGGGAGGUACCUCUCCCGGAAGUUCCGUCGGAUUCGACGGCGCUUGUGGAGAGAAUGAUGCAGAACCUGCGCCGCGCCGCAUUCCAAGGUUGA